UCCUAACCUAUAUGUUGGUAUACAUAUUUAUUUUUAAAGAUCGGAAACGUGUGAGUGUGAUAUGCUAGUUUUUGACACGAUAUUGUAUUUACAUUGCAGUAUAACGUACGCGAGUUUAGAGAAAUAUGCAGUUAAAAAUGUUAAAACAAUUUGACAAGAAAUUUGUUAAACAGUUUUUGUUGAAAGAAAACGAAUUUAUUUCACAGAUAUUUUCAAUAACGCCCUUGCCCGUAUCUGAACUAGUUUCAGGUGAACAGAGUAAUAUAAUAACACAAAACAGUAAAACCGCAUCAAAAGGCCAAAUUUUCUCAAAUUUAAAUGGAAAAGUCAAAAGAGCACAAACAUUUGAAGAGUUACAUGCUAGACUCGAAGGAUUAAGAAAUGUUAAAAGAUUAGGUUACAAGGAAAAACAUUUGAAGAAAAAUUUGAAAAAUAGAAUAAAAAAGAUAUCAAAAAGGGAGGAACAUGUGAUGCAAAAGAAAGCUGCAAAGAUAGAACAAAAUGCAAGCAGUUUGUCAAAAAUCAAGAAAGAAGAUGGCGAAGUACCAAAAAUUCCAAGACCAAAGCCGAUAUUUAAUUCAGAAGGUAAAAUGGUUUUUAGUAAGUUUGACUUUUCUGAAAUUGGAACAAAGAAAAAACCACCUAGAAAGGAUACAAAGAAGAUUUUACUCGAAUUAAAACAAAAAAAGGAGAAGUUGAAGGAAAUGGAACAAUCAGGUGAAAUAGAAAAAGCUCAAGAACUUAAAGAAAAAGAUGCAUGGAAAUCAGCUUUAGCAAAAGCUUCUGGUGAAAAAGUGAAAGAUGAUCCUGAUUUACUUAAACGAACAAUAAAGAGGAAAGAUCAACAGAAAAAACAGAGUGCUAAGAAGUGGGAAUCAAGGUUAGAAAAUGUACAGAAAGGAAUUCGGGAAAGACAAGAAAAACGCCAAGAAAAUAUUAUGAAGAGGAAGAAAGAGAAAAAAUUGAACAAAUUCAAAAAAGCAGCUAAAAAAGGACGAGCGAUGCCAGGAUUUUAAGCAUUAUGUAUAUAUGAAGUGUUAGAGUAAAUUUUUUAAUUAUCACUUUUGUAUCCAUCAUGUUCAUGUUAUCAUACACUGAAGAAAUCAGAAGAAGCUUCAACAUAGUCAUUGGGAUUUUUAGAACAGUAAAAAAGGGAUAAAAUUGCAGGUAAUGCAAUGUACAAUAAAUAUGUUUUGAAGAAAUUUA